AUGAGGCAGAUGAGAGUGCUCCUCUUGAAGAAUAAAACAGCUCAGCUCGAUAAUUACGAAGUUGCAUUCAAGUCAAAUGGAUAUGAAACAUUCUUCGUUCCUCUGAUAGCACAUACCCAUGUCCCUGAAGAGUUGCUCGGUCUGAUCAACGAUAAAGACUAUGUCGAGAGCCUAAAGAAUAUUGUUGUGAGCUCACAAAGAACAGUCGAAUGUUUGAGUGAAUCUGUUUUACCGAAGCUGAACUCAGCAACCGCUGAAAUGUUACUGAGCAAGACUGUCUACGCUGUUGGCGCAGCAACUGAGGAGUUCCUUGCGAGGAUUGGUUUCAAGAAUGUGAAAGGCGGCAAGAACGCCGGAACUGGAAGCAUUUUGGCUGAUUUGAUCACGCAAGACCUUCUAGAGCAGGGUCAAGAGGCGGCGAGAGACUCUGAGAUCCUUUCAUUGGUUGGCCAAAUUCGCAGAGAUGUAAUUCCUAAUAAGCUAUCCAGCAAAGGCUUCAAGGUUAAAGAAGUAGUGACAUACCAAACUGUGAAUCUAGAGGACAAUUUAGAGAGAUUUCAAAAGGUCGUUUCACCCCACAGUUGGGUCGUUCUCUUCAGUCCCCAAGGUACAGAAGAAAUACUAUUGGAGCUCAAGAAGCAUCCUGAUACUAAGAUAAAGAUCGCCAGCAUUGGACCUACAACGGAAAAAUAUCUCAAUGAGAACGGAAUCCAACCGCAAGUGGUCAGUCCGAAGCCUGAUUCAAAUAGCCUUCUGAAUGCAAUAAAGUUAUCCGAAGAGAACUAA